AUGGAUCAGUCAUCGCUAAUGAUUGACUCAUCGGCACCGACACUACUACCUACUGACCAACCGAUAGCACCGGUAGAUGAUAUAUCCCGGAAAAUACAGCACCAAAAACAACAUACAUAUCAUAGGACAUCAUCUAAUAAUAAUAAUAAUAAUAAUUUUAGACACCAUUAUAUUGACGACAAUAUAAAUAAUUAUCAAAAUUAUCAUUAUUGGGAACAGGGAGGUGAUGGUGGUGGUGAUGGUGGGCCAUACAUACCAGGUCAUCAUCAUCAUCACCAGCAGCACCGGGACAUAUCAUGGCAUACCUAUACAUCAACACCAAACAGCCGUAUCUGGUUUACAACAUCGACAGCAACAGCACCGGCAGUAUAUCGGCCAUCAAUUACACAGAGAUUUAUACCGCAUAUUAUCAAUCAUUCAAGUAGUAGUAGUAGUAGUAGUAGUAGUAGUAGUAGUAGUAGUGGGACUGGUAUGCCAGCACCUUUACCACCACUACCACCACUACCGCCAAUACCACCAGUUCCUAGUAAUAAUAAUAAUUGGGAUCAAACUAAUAAUAUCAAACCAAUAAUCAAAAAGCCAUAUAUCUUAUCCUAUCCUCCUAUUAUUUAUGACAUACCUGUCCCCCGGCUAUCGAUGACUCGUUCAGUCGGUCUCUAUGACAUAUUACUCGUAUGUCUACUAUUAUGGUCGUCGACGACAACAAACAUCGGCGGCGUCUACGGCAUCGACGAUGACGAGCCAAUUGUUGGCCAACUGUCAGCCGAAGCUGACAUCAAAAAACUAUCGGCCAGCGACUCGCCGGUAGCCGAAAGUAAAGUUGUCUCAUCGGCAGCUACGGGAUCAGUAGCCGCCUCACAGGUCAACGACAAUAAUAAGGCCUCCGCGGCGGUAGCCGUCGGUAAUGAUGGCGACACAUUGGAGACCUUACAGUCCCAGAACAGUAACGACUAUAACUAUAUGGUGUCUCAAUCGGCGCCUAACAGUCCCAUCAAUAUCGAUAUGGGUUCGUACGACUCAUUAGCUACAGGCGCUCAGUUAGGACUGUCCGCAGCCGCCGGCGAUCUAACGCAAAGUCAGACAACAUAUGGCCAACAACUACAACACGGCGGCAACGGCGAUGACGGCGAGUCCCAUAGAGGUGGUGGUGGCGGUCCAUCGUCAGCACCGGUAGUCUAUCGGUACAGUAGUUCAGAAGAUGGCGGCCAACAAUUGCAACAACAGCCACACCAGCAGCAGCUCAGUUACAUCAGACAAGAGCCGCCGCCGCCGCCAGAGUAUCAGCCGUACGAACCGCACAAACAAAACAAUGGUUUCCCGCGUAUGACGACAUCCUUUGAGUCAGAUCGUGGAUCAAUGGAUACCAAAGUUAUUACACCGAAAGCACCGAACUAUAGGGUACCAGAGCUACCGCAAGCAAAACCCGGUAUCAGUACUACCUAUAGUUCACCGGAUGUUAAGAUUGUGUCGCAUACCCGCAGUUUUUUGCCGGUACUCUACAAGAAACCCGUGGCGGAGGCCGGCGGUGAUGAUGGCGGUAACGGUGGUGACGGCGGCGGCGGCGGUGGACAACAGGCCAUGAAUAGUGCCGAACAGGAAUACGAAAAGGCCGUACAGGACAGGCCAGGCGGUAGUUAUGGCGGCAGCGGCGGCGGUGAUGCCGAUGGCGGCUACGGUAAUGAUGAUAAUGACGACCGACAACAACAUCAACAGAGACCCGACGGACAGUCAAUAGUCAAUAGUAUCGGUUAUGACAACAACAACAGUCCCUUCAAUAUCGACAAUAUUAGGGAAUCGGAAAUCGUUAGCCGCGGACCCUAUUAUAACAUACAUAAGCCGUUUGCCGCCCAUAUACAGGUGGUCGAGGAUAAGGAUGAUUACCGACACGACCACAAAGAUCAGGGAUACGGUGGACAGUCGUCAUCCUAUGGACUCAGAACACAACCCCGACCACUUAUGAAAAACUACCAGCCCAGCGGCUACCAGCCGGGUAUGAUAAGCGCCUACGAUCCGCCAUCGCCGCCACUAUCGGCACUGUUACCAUCGGGACCGGGACAGCCAUACAAAUCGGGUGGUCCGUCCGAUAAUGAUAAUGAUGACGAUGACAAUGACAAUGACAACGAUGAUAAUGGACAACAUCAACAACAACAGGAACAACAGGAUAACUAUGGAGGACAGGGAGGUCAGGGAGGACUACUACGGCUACCCGAACCACAGCCACUACAACAACAACAAUCGCAGAUACCGUACGCCAAACAGCAGACACCGUUCGGCGUUGAGGUCGAGUUUGACCAGAAUAUGAAAAACGAACCGCAAAUAAUCAGAGGACCCGGUAUUGGCGGCGGACACCAACAACAACCGCAAGGCUAUCUGCAAGGCCUCGGCGGCGGCAACAGUGGCGGUGGUGGACAAGACUAUGACGGAAACAACAAUCAUUUGGGACCCAAAUAUAAUGUCGGCGGCGGCGUCGGUGGCGAUGAUGACGAUGACGACUCACCAACUAAUGGACAGUCGGGCGACUAUAGCGAUAGACCACCGCAACCACACCAACCGCACGGCGACUUAGUUAAGCCACAGGCCAUUCAGUACGGGUUUGUCCCGCUAUCCGAUGCCAAAGAUAUCUACGGCGGCGGCGGCAAUGGUGGCCAACAACAACAACCAUCAAUGAGAGGACCGCCAUCAAGACCGGGUUUUUGGAGAGGACCGCCCAGAGGACGGCCAUCGUUCGGACCAAAUGGUGGUCACCGAAGACCUCAGAUGAACGGCGAUACUAUCGGUGCUAUGUAUGGCGGACUUCCUCCACAUCAGCAAUCCGAAGGACACAGAGGCGGCGGCUAUGAUGGUCAAGAUAUCUAUCGUGAACCGGUUGGUCACGGCCCGGGCGGUCCAUUUCAACGUAAGCCAAUGUUUGAUGUGAGGCCGUCGGGAGGUCCGCAGCAACAGUUUGAUAGCUACGCCAACAAUAACGGUGCCAAAGAUGUUAGCAGCGAUGAAAGUAUGGGCGGCGGCGGCCUCGGCCUCGGCGAUGACAUGUCCGGCGAAGACGGCGGUCAACCAGACUAUGGUUCACCACAACAAUCGGGUCCUACAAUUGGUGGUCAUCACCAUCACCAACACCAGCACCAGCAGCAUCACAGAGGAAUGCCUCAUCUGGCAUCCGGUGGUCUACCGCCUGGCGCUUCCUAUAAUCCGCGCGAUGUUGGCCUCGACGAAUCGGUAGUAGCCCAGCUAAAUCUGGCCGCUUCGUCACCCGCGGGCAGUGGUAUUGCACCGCUGCCAUCAUCGCCCAGUGGCUAUACUGGUGCCGCCGCUGCCGGUGGUUUGCGACCAUUUGCCGCCAGUGGUUUCGCUGGUGACGGACCAGUAGUAUCGGCUGCCGCUCCUGCAGGUAUGCCACGUCCUGUCGGCGUCGGCGUCGGUGUCGGUGGUGGCGGUCGACGACCCUAUUCGUCAAGUGGCCAAGGAUUCAGGUCUCAGUACGGCUAUCGGGCAGCGGCUGCUGCGGCUGCGGCCAGUGAACUGUCACCGGUAAGCGCACCGUCGGGUAGUGUCGGUAGUCCCGAGUCUCCUAUGUUGUCAAAUAUUUUGAAUCUGAAUCCCGUUAAGAGCUUCCGAUCCCUAAUGUCUUAUCUGACGGGAGGUAUCAAUGGUUAGACAG